AAAUUAAUCUUAUUUAACUUAAUUACUAAACUACCUUCUUUAAAAAAACUAAUUAUAAAGUGGACUGUAAUAGUACUUUAUAAUAAUAUCUUUAUAAUAGUUAAUAGAUUUAUAAAAAUAGUUUACUUUAUAUUAUUUAAGGAAGUUAGUAAUAUAAAAAAAUUAGCUUAUGUAAUAAUAAAAUAUAUUAUAAGUAACUAUAAGCUACUGGGAGAUAUAAUCUUUAAUAAAGGAAAUAUAUUUAUAUUUAAAUUUUAG